UUCACCCUGCUCCACGUGGACUUCUUGGCUGUAGAGAAAAUGUCAUCUACGAAGGCCUUAAGUCCUCGAGAAUCGGCUGAACUAAUUACGUCCAAAAGCGAGGAUGUUUCUAUAUGCGAGGAAGGUAUUGAAGAAGCAUCCAAGAUCAUCUUUGACUGUCUGAAGUCCAAGAAAUAUAGCUGCAAGACAUGGAAGCAACACGAACUACAUCCGAACGAAAUGACGAAUGAAACUGUGGAUUGGAUCGUUGUCUUGGACACCUUAAACUUCUGUUUUUGGAGCGAUGAUGGCGUCGAACCAUGGACAGUGCGAUACGAGGGAAAAAACUACACGGGGUAUUGGGCUCUAUGUGCAUCCAUUCACAGAGCCCUUAAGGAGGGAAUCCCCUUUACAACACCAUCAUAUUAUGCCAACAUCACCAGAGAGAAGUUGCAACAUAUCUUCAGAUCUGAAACUCCAACUGAAAUACCAUUGCUGGAAGAGAGAGUAAAUAACCUACAGGAAGUUGGCAGAGUCUUGGUAAAAGACUACAAGAACUCAUUUGUCAACAUGUUGUCCCAAUGUGAUAAUAGUGCAGGGAAGCUGCUUGGCAUGAUCACAAGCACCUUUAAAUGCUUUCAAGAUGAGUCUGAGUUUGAUGGAAAGAAAGUCUCUAUUUACAAGCGUGCACAGAUUCUGAUUUCUGACAUCUGGGCCUGUUUUGAGGGUGAAUCAUUUGGGCACUUCAAGGACAUAGCAGUCUUGACCAUGUUUGCUGAUUACAGAGUGCCACAGUCACUGCUGCACAUGAAUAUCCUGAAAUACACAGAUAAAUUGAUGGAAAUGUUAAAUAGAGGUAACCAUGUUCCUGCAGGGGAUCGGAUUGAGCUAGAAAUAAGAGGAAAUUCCAUCUGGGCUGUGGAGAGAAUUUACCAGAAAGUAAAAGCAAUGUCAAAGAUGGAUUCAGAAUUUAGCUCUUUGGCACCAGGGGAAAUUGAUUCAAUUCUAAAUUCUGUUAUUAUAGAUUACUACUUGUGGGACUUUGCAAAAGAAGAGUUGGGUGGAUUAACUGAGCUUCCAUUCCAUAAAACAAGGACAAUAUUCUACUGAUGUUUUCUACCUGACUUAUACCUACUUGUAUAAAAUGUUUCCUUUUUAACAAAAAAUUCCCAAAAGCAUUAAAACAAUAGGGGAAAGAGACAUUUUCAAAACAGGUUUUUAACCCUCUUCUGCUGGUGAUUCAUGUGCAACUUCUCCUUACAAUAUCUGUUCAUCAUCCAGCAAACUGGUAACAAGAAUACUCAAAUUUAUUAGGUUUUUUUUCUUGAUUUAUCACCAACUUCUCAUAACUAAUUCACACAGAAAUGUCAAGUAACUAGAGAGGAGAAUUAACAAUCAGAUCUUGGGAGUUAAAGGGUUAACAUAUACUGUAACAGCUGAAGUAACGCAUAGAGUUAAAAUCUUGCAGAACAGUUUGAACAAUGGUAUAAACCCUGUAACUCCCAAAAUCUGAUUGUCAAUUCUCCCCUCUAGCUGCUACACAUUUCCUUGUAAAGAAGUUACGAGAAUCUGGUGUCAGAUUGGGAUAACAACUAUGACCUGAUAAGUUUGAAUAUUCUCCUGACCUGUUUGCUGGAUAAUGUUAAGUUACUAUAGGGAGAAGUUACUUGUUAAUCACUUCUUUGAGUUCAGGGAAUGGAAUAAUUCCACUGUGAUAUUUAAAUCAUUAAGUCAGACUUUUAGUGUUGGUAUUAAAUUACAUGACAGCACUCAAGUCUUUUCUUUUAAUAUUUACAUUUUAUUAAGUUUCCAUUACUCUAUACAAUACCAGAUAAAGAGGCUUUUACUUAAAACUUAUAUAUCUGUUAUUUAAAAAUCUGUUCCUGUUUACAAAUGUCUUGUGUAAUAAACAAAAUGUGGGGAGAUUGAAAAAGUUGAGGGGUGUUGGGAGCUCCAACCUUUAAUGAAAUUGUAAGAAAAAGGCUUCUAGAAUAAAUAGGGGAGUUAAUCAUUACCAAAAUCUUAAGCCCUUUGUACUCAAAAAUGUGAUGAAUCAGUGAACUGAAGUGGUUGUAGUUUAAGAAAAUCUCAAGCCCUGUGCAUGUCUCAUACCAUUUUUUCAGGAGGCAAGAAAGAUUAAGAUAAUAUACCACAAGUGCAAUAAACUAUGUCUUCACAUUUUGUACAAUAUUUAUAUUUUGUAUUAAUAUCCACCAUCAUGGAGCGGUUCUCAAUAUAAUUUUUUUUGAUAAUAUUUCUGAUGUAGCAUUGCCAAGAAAAUUUACAGAAUUAUUUCCCCUAGUAAAAGUCACUUGAAAUUUUUAGAGUGCAGUUUAGUUUUUGUUAGGGGGAAUAAUGUAAGUAAAAUGCCCUCAUAGCAAUCUUAUUUGUAUUCUUUAAGGGCAUGGGUGUGAGGCACAAUUACACUUCCUAGAGAGGGUAGAAAUAUCUCGUAAAAGAACA